AGUGCUUUCGAUGUCUGAAAACAUCAACUACCUGAAUGUCCUUCGACGAAAUGUUCUCUCCUAUGAUGAAUUCUACGCAGAUUAUCUUCUUCCAAAUGUCCCGGUGAUCUUCAACCGGUCUCUUGUUUCCUCGUGGCCUGCAUUUGAUCUUUGGGUCAAGUCAUGUAAAGACUCCAACUCCUCCCAUAUCCAUUGGGAUUAUUUUCAAGAUACUUAUGGAGCUCUGGAGGUGACGGUAGCCGAUUGUGCGAAUGUUGAUUCAUUUGGAAAUCAAGACCGUCGUACCAUGCUUCUCCGAGAAGUAAUCUCCAUGUGGAAGGAUGCGGAAGGUCAAUCGUUGUACAUCAAAGACUGGCAUCUCGCCAAACAAUUAGAGAAGACUGGAUCUCCAAGUGUACCAUUCUACUCUACACCGGAUUUCUUCCGGGAUGACUGGAUGAACUCCUAUUACACUUCACAUACGGAUGACGACUUUCGUUUUGUCUACAUGGGUGCCAAGGGCACCUUCACGCCUUUACAUCGAGAUGUCUAUACGUCGUACUCCUGGUCCACCAAUGUGUAUGGUCGAAAACGGUGGUGGUUCUUCCCUCCUGAACAAACCCCAUAUCUCUUCAUGAAGUAUAGAAAUGUCAAUCUGUAUGAUGUUAGGAACGUCGACUUGAAGGACUUCCCCGACUUCCAUCGUGCAACGCCGAUUAUCAUCGAACAAGAAGCAGGGGAAACGAUCUUCGUACCGAGUGGUUGGUACCACCAGGUAGAAAACCUAACGCACUGCAUUUCUAUCAACCACAAUUGGUGCAAUUCCGUCAACCUCCGUUCCCUCUACACCUCCAUGUGCGCCGAAGUGAUCCAAGUUGAGGCAGCGCUCGAGGAUGUCCGCGAGAUCCUCUCAAAAGGACAGUCUGAUGACGAAUGGAAGUUGGAAUGGACACGUAUCGUGCAGGACGUUGUCAACCGUGACGCAGGAUGGAAUUGGCUUACAUUCUGGAAGAUGGUUUCGCAUGCGUUACAUGCUGUCGUCUCGCCAGGAUCUUCUUCUCCCCAGGGCGUUUCAUCCCGUCAUAACGUAUUCCCACCCGCACCUGCAAAUCUCCGACCACCAACUGCUUUCAUCCUGGAACAAAUCCGUGCUUGUUAUGAUGACUUCAUGACACGGGAUCGACGUGAAUGCGAGGGCGAGGUUCAAGAAGUCGUUUCGACAAUAGGCAGCUUGUUGGUAAAUCCGGGCUAUCAGCCUUUAAAGGGGUUUGCAAUGACUAGAUGCGAAAACGGUGAUACGAAGAGCUCGUGUCCGGGUUCGCAUCAGUGAAUCUUGGCAUGCCGUUAUGCACGAUUUACGGCGGGAAGAAUGGUGAAGGAUGGUUAAGUAUGAACAUAAGAUCAUAGUAUGUGGGAAGGGUCAGCACGCCACCAAUGGUGUUUCGAUCAAUUACCCAGCCUACUCUUGAUUCAGACGUUUCAUAUAUCUCCAAUCCAUUGCAUGGUUUUUCGAUGCCUGGCAGCGAUCACAGAUAUGAAUACCAGCUGUCUGCAUAAAACUUGUCAGCUUCGCGAUAAUCCACGCUUGCUAGUGAUUCCAUUGGAGCCGCCUGGAUAUCCAAUCUACAUGACCCACCAAUCCUUCCGAUCUUGAAUGGUCGAGUCAAGGGUCGAGUUUCGAAGUUGUAUUCGCCUUUUAGAUUCUUAGGCCGACGAUAUGACGAUCGCUGUGAUCAUCUCCCCGACGGGUUCACUAUGUACACCAACUGAGCGGUGGUGAUGUGACCUGAGUAUGCCUGACAGGAGAUCAAUCAUCAUCUCGUUUGAGCGUCAUACAUCAGCCUUUAGGAGAUACGUUUCCCACCACGUUACAAUCACUUCGGCGCAAUGCACAGUCAAUGUCGUUUGUCUUC